AUGUAGAAUACCUGACUGAAAAUCAUGUUUAUAAAUAAUUACGAUCGAUUUUCUUGUGCGUUUAAAUGUGAUUUAUUGAGGUAAAUAUUUAUAUACUACACACUUUGAAGAUUCUAUAUCAAGAUGUUUAGCAUAAAGCAACCAAAAGAUCAAGAUAUCAGACAAUUAUCAGUAGAUGUUAUACCUUACAUAGACGUCAAAGCAGACAAGAAGACAUUAUGUUCGACUUUAGAAACCAUCAAUUCUAUUCUACGACAUGGCAAGAGUCAUCAGAAAUUAGAAUGUGUGGAGACGAUUAUGUUAGCUGUGUACAUUAAAGACACGAAGCAGUCAAGGAACUUUGACAAAGCCCUAGAGAAGACUAAAGUAUUUGAAACAAUGCUAGAACUCAUGAAAUUUAAAGAUUACAACGACUUACUCUUCAAAGAUGACGAGACACGUAACCUAAAUAUAGGAAUUGUCUCAUGUACCAUGAACGUCACCAAUUUUUUAAAAGGCGUCGGAGUAGCGAUUGCAGAGGCUGGUGGUAUCUCAUUUUUAACGGACAUUUGUAGAUUUAAGCCAUUCCUCGACAAAUUAGAGAACGAGCAUAUCUAUUCCUUCAUUGUGAGUGUUGUAGCCACUUUACAUAACAUAGCUCGCUUGACUUCAGUUCCACAGUAUUUCAGUGACAGUAAGACUGCAGAGGCAAUGGUACCAUUUUUCGAUUGUACGGACGAACGACUAAAAAUCUACGCAUUCAUAGGAGCAGCUCAGACUUGUAAUGAUAGCGAAAUUCACAUGCUAGUUGAUACCAAAGGAGUGAUUUCUUCUAUACUGAAAUACUUACAAAAGGCCACAGGAAGCUGCAAUUAUUCUUAUGGUGGAGCUGAAUUAAAGGAACUGUUGGAAGGUAUCGAAAAAUUAGCAAGCGCGGAUCCAAAUAAAAAGAAGAUUUUAGAAGCUGGUGCCUUACCAAUAUUCCAGACAAUCUUAGAUCUUGAUAAACCGGAAGAACAAGCAUUAACAGCAAGAGUUUUGUGGACUAUGACUUUUGAUGAUGACGUUGCCAAGGAAGUAAAAUCCUCGAAAGCUUUGCUAGACAAAUUACAGAUUUUGUCGAAAUCAUCAGAUAAAGCCGUAAGAAGUAACGUAAAGGGACUACUAUAUAACCUUGACCAUAGGAGUAAAAAGAAAGCUCAAGCAGAAGAUCAGUUUUUUGCCAAACAAAAGCCAAGUACAUUUAAAGCAGCAAAACAGCAAGACAAACACUUAUUUAUUAGUUAUUCAUGGAAGGAAAAAGAAAUUGUUUUAAAACUGAAAGAUCUUUUACAGGAAAAAGGGCUACUAAUAUGGAUAGAUACAGAACAAAUGAGAGGAUCCACUUUACAAGCCAUGGCUGAGGCGGUAGAGAAUGCAGCACUUGUACUUAUUUGUAUGUCAGAGAGUUAUAAACAUAGCCCUAACUGUCGAUUAGAAUCAGAGUACACAUAUAGAUGCGGCAAAGAGUUUAUCCCACUGAUGGUUCAAAAAUAUUAUAAACCUGAUGGCUGGUUAGGAGCUCUGCUAGGAACAAAACUAUUUAUAGACUUUAGUGGAAAAUACCAGUUUGAACCAAAAUGGAAUGAACUAAUCAAAGAACUUCAAGCACAUAAAAUGUUAGGAAAAGAAGAAGCAAUUCAGAAGACGACCAUUGUUGCAGCACCUAUUCAAGCGACAUCAUCGACGAAACUAAAUGUAUCUACAAUUGAUGACGUUAAACAAUGGCUGAUCUCAAAUAAAUUAGAAAAAUGCUGUCAUCAUUUUGAAGAUGUUAAUGGUGAAGGACUUUUACAACUAAAGUAUAUGCGACAUGAUGCACCAGAAUGUUAUUUUAAAAUGCUGAGUAGAAAGUUAAAACUCAGCGUUGGUGAAACACUUAACUUUACUGCAGCUCUUGAAAAAUUAUGAAAUUAGAUGUCUGAAGUGCUCCAGAACCAACAUGAUAAUUGUUUAGCAGCAAUGUUCUACAAGACAGAGGUUUAUUGUCAAUCGUGUAUUUCUAAACAAAACUAUAUCGCUCAAUUUUUUUUAGUUAAAAUUGUUCAUAGUUUAACAGCCUCCCAAAUUUCCAAUUUGACCCUGUAAUUGGUGCAUGAAUUAUCCAACAGAGCUAGGUAAUGUCUUUGUGCUGGGUUUAAGAGGAUUGCUGAUGUACCAUCUGAGGAUAUUUAAUGAUACAUCAAGUUAUUCACCUUCUCCUCGCAAUCAUAUAGGUCAUAUUUUAGCAUAAUGUUUAAGUUUUUGUUAUUGAACACAUACUUUCUCGUUCAUAGUUUUGUAGAAUAUUGUAGGCUCAUUUGUUCACAUUUUAACAGCUAGACUAGAUUGUGCUUCCCACAUUUCCAAUUUAUCCAUGUUGUUGGUACAUGGGUAAUCUGACAGAGCAAACAUAUGACUAUGCACUGAAUUAUAGAGGACUGCUGUUUUACCAUCUAAAUUAACAAAGGAAUAUUUAGUGAUCUCAGAUUAGCUGAAGGAAUACCCACUUUUUUCUCAAACGAUUUAACCACGAAUUUGCCCUUAACGCCAAAUAUCUUACCUCGAGCGGCAGUCAAAUACUGAAAGAGUUUGCUCCCUUUAUUUUAGACUUUGGUUUUAAAGAUGUAAAUAUUUCUAUUUAUUUAUAAACAAAAAGUCCAACUCAGCCUUUGCUUGUAAAAAAAUACCAUGAUAUUAUGAAUAACUUUCAUGCUUUUAGUUCCACUUAAACAUAUAUAAAUAUCAUUGAAAUUGAAACUCGUAAUCAAAAGUUAAUGCCGAUACCAAUUACUGUGCUAUGAUAAACCAUACUGUGGGUAUCUGCAAAGUUGCCCUUAUCUGUCUCCCCCCGCGUUAUAUUUUAUCAAGUACCAAUAAAACAUAAACUUAUUAUCAAAACUUAGGCAAUAACAAUAGGAUAUCUAGCUGUUACCUCAUUUCAUAGUUUCCUAUUUUCUAUGUAGGUCAACCAGAAAAAAUAUUUAAAAUCUGCAAUAUAUUCUUAUCUAUCUCUUGGUAGUUGAGUAGCAUUUGUUCCGUUUCGAGCAAGGUGCACAUAGUCGGUUAAAUUACAAAUCACCAGCUUUAGCAAAUAAUAAAAAUAUUCGAUAGAAAUUGCUUACAAAACAAAUAUAACACCAUAGUAAAGAUUGCAUAUAUGUUGAUUUAAUUAUCAAGACCCAUAUAAUUUGUCUAGAAUGUAGAUAUAAGAAGAUGUGGUAUGAGUGCCAAUGAGACAACUCUCCAUCCAAGUCAAAAUUUAUAAAAAUAAAACCAUUAUAGGUCACAGUACGGUCUUCAACACGGAGCCUUGGCUCACACCGAACAGUAAGCUAUAAAGGGCCCCAAAAAAUUACUAGUGUAAAACCAUUCAAACGGGAAAACUAACGGUCUAAUCUAUAUAAAAAACGAGAAACGAGAAACACUUAUGAACCACAUCAACAAACGACAACUACUGAACAUCAGAUUCCUGACUUAGGACAGGUGCAAACAAAUGCAGCGGGUUUAAACGUUUGAAUGGUACCAAACCUUCACCCUUUUUCUGAAACAAUAGUGUAACAUCACAACAUAGAAAGCCACACUAUAAAAUAUCAACUGAAAUAGCUUAACUCAAUCAAAGGACAUAUUAACAUCAUUGCACAUACACUGAACAAAUAAAUUUGACCUAUGACACAAUGUAAAUACAAAAUAAAUAAA